GUGAGCAGUCACAUCAGAGCAUUAAGCAAAACCAAUCGAGCUGGACUCCCUCAAAUAGCCAUCACAAUGAAGGCAGCAGAUGAGCCUGCCUACCUGACAGUGGGGACGGAUGUAAGCGCCAAGUACCGAGGUGCCUUUUGUGAGGCAAAAAUCAAGACUGUUAAACGGAUGGUGAAAGUUAAGGUGGUGCUCAAAGGAGACAGUUCCUCACAAGUUGUCCAGGAUGACCAGGUCAAAGGACCUCUGAGGGUGGGUUCCACUGUAGAAGUGAAGAGCCCAGAGGGAGGACUCAUUGAGGCGGUCAUCAGUAAACUCACAGACGCCAGCUGGUACACUGUGGUGUUCGAUGACGGAGACGAGAAAACACUCAGAAGGACAUCUCUGUGUCUUAAAGGCGAGAGACAUUUUGCUGAGAGUGAGACUUUGGACCAACUACCCCUGACUAAUCCGGAGCAUUUCGGCACUCCAGUCAUUGGGAAGAAGACUAAUCGAGGCAGGAGGUCCUCCCAGGCCGUUGCUGACGAUGAGAAGGAGUCUUCGUCCAGUGAAGAUGAAGAUGAGGACAGAAGGAGGCUCAGUGACGACCUGCUGGGGAAGGUGGCCUGCAUUCAGAACGGGACAGAUCGCACAAGCUGGUACCUCGCCCUGGUGAUAUCGCCCAGCUGCAACGAUGACCUGACAGUCAAAAAGGACCAAUGCUUAGUGAGGUCGUUUGCAGAUUCCAAAUUUCACACGGUUGCGCGGAAAGAGAUUCACGAGCUGAAUAUCGACAGCGUCUCCAAAUCCGAGUAUUCCUCUAAAAAAGGGUUCGAUGGUGCUCUGCACUUCCUCAAGACCAAAAUGGUGCCUGACAGCUGGAAGAUGGACAUGAGCGAGAUCCUGGAAUCCUCCAGCAGUGACGACGAAGACGGUGAAGGCAAAGAGAGUGAGGAAGAGGAGAAAGAGACAGGCCGCGAAGAGCCUGAUGAUGAACCUGACCCAGAGGAGAGGGAUCAUUUCCUCCAGCAGCUCUACAAGUUCAUGGAGGACAGAGGGACUCCAAUUAACAAACCGCCUGUACUGGGCUACAAAGAUCUGAACCUUUUCAAGCUCUUCAGACUGGUCCACAAGCACGGUGGCUGUGACAAUAUUGAGAGUGGAUCUGUAUGGAAACAGAUUUACAUGGAUCUUGGCAUUCCUGUCCUGAACUCUGCUGCUUCUUACAACGUAAAGACGGCAUACAGAAAAUACCUGUAUGGUUUUGAGGAGUACUGCCGCUCAGCCAACAUUGAAUUCAGGACCGUUCACCACGAUGAGCCCCGGCCGGUGACCCAGGUGGAGGCCAAGCCGGUGAAGACGGAGGAGAGCGAGGAGAAACAGCAGGACGCGACGCCGCCGGAGAAAGCUGAGUCUGGGCCCAGCAACGACAAGCCGAGCGCGGACGGAGACGAGUCUGACGCCGAGAGUGAGAAAGGACAAAAAGACGUCUGUUCCCCAAGGGGACGGAGACGCUGCACUGUGACCCCUGUGAAGGCUGAGACGAAGGAGCCUGUGAAACAGGAGAAGAUAAAAGAAGAGAAGAAAAAGGAGGAGGUGCAAGGCACAGGGGAGACCAGCGUGGAGGAGAAACCAGAGGUCGAGGCACCCACAAAGAGACGUAGCCGUCGCCAGGAGGAGUCGGAUAAAGAUUCGGAAGAAGAGGACCAGGAAGAAGAGGAAGAUGAGGAGGAAGACAAUGGAAGGUCCAGACUAAGAGAACGAGAAGAGAGGGACAAUGAGGAUGAGGAUGGGGGCGAUGAACAGUCAGUCACAGGGACGAAGGUCAAAGUCAAAUACGGACGUGGAAAGACCCAGAAGAUCUACGAGGCCAACAUUAAGAACACCGAGACCGACGACGGAGAAGUGCUCUACCUGGUCCAUUACUACGGCUGGAACGUCAGAUACGAUGAGUGGGUGAAGGCGGACAGAAUAAUAUGGCCGGUUGACAAAGGAGGAACUAAGAAAAAACAGAAGAAGAAAGUAAAGAAUAAAGAUGAUGGAGAAAAGGAGAAAGAUGAGGAGAAACAGGCCAAGGUUGCCGCGAAACGUGGCCGUCCUCCGCUCAAGUCCACCCCGCCCAACGCGCCGACACGGAGCGUGUCUAAAACACCGAACAGCGAGGGGAGAUCGGGCAGUAAAAACAACACCCGUCCCUCAGACCCCUCAGUGCUACCCAACGGAGAAGUAACUCCACGCCGACAGAGGAGAAGGACUCCUGGGAUAUACGACUCUGACAGGGGAUCUAACGAUUCAGGGAAUUCGUCUGAAGAAAGUGAUGGCGAGGAUUCCUCUGAGAAGAAGCCUGAAUGGGCCGAGAGAACCGAUCCAGCCACAGCACGGAAGCUAGAGGAAGAGGAGGAGAAAGCAGAGAGAGGAAGAGCGGAGGAGGCCCAGGCUAAAGCGGAGUGUCCCAGCAGCCCACAAGAGAAGCCCAAAACCCAGGAGACGCAAGAAACGGAGAAGCCGGAGGAGGAAACGGCCGUAUCUUCGGAAUCGGACAAGUCCCCGAAAUCCAAAGCCCGCAAGGGUCGUCUCAAGGAACCGGGGUCAGAGACGCCCACCCACCUACCUGCCACUACAAACCACUUAGAAGGGGAGCCUUCCUCUUGUACCUCUCCCUGUCCUGUGAAGAAACCCCAGGAGCCUCCGGUUCAGUGUGGCCCUACGGAUCGACCGCCCAACAAAUCUGACUCGGACACGGACUCGGCCGAGGAGAUCGGCCCCGAGGAGCGAGUCGUGGCCAAGCGCAAAGCCACCGAGCAAAGGACGCCCGAAAAGAAAGUGCGUCUCGACCGCAAAGAGGAAGCCAAGGCUCCAUCGCAACCCAAGCUGCCCUCUCCAGAGAAGAGGCCGGACGCAGAGAGAAGAAUAGACGCAGCGCAAAAAGUUGAAGAACGCCUUGUGGUAUCUUCACCAGUGCCUAAAGAGACAGAGGUCAAAAGCGAAAUGCCUGCCCUUACUAGAGAAGUGCAGGUCAGGGUAGAGCCCCUACCAGGUAUCUGCCCCGUGCCGGAGGACCCGACACCGGGCACAGACGAAGAGCUGAUGCCUCAGAUUGGCCCCGAGGCACUGGUCUGCCACGAAGUGGAUCUGGACGACUUGGACGAGAAGGAGAAGCCGUCGGGAGACGAAGCGCUAACGACAAGGGAGGAGAAGAUCCAGGCUCCGCUCCCUUCCUCCACGCACCUCCCCCAUAACCAAGCCAUAGUGGGCACUCCGCGGGUCUUCUCUCCUGCCUCCGCGCCGAGCCCGGACGAGUCCCACAGCACCAAGAGCGAGAGUGACGUCACCAUCGAGGUGGACAGCGUGGCGGAAUCGCAAGAAGGCCUCGGAGAGAACGAAUCCAAUCACGGCUUUGACGCCAGCGCCAGCUCCAGCAACUCCAGCAUAUCACUUCAGGAACGUGACAACAAAGACAGAGGUCAGAAACGAUUACUGGACUGUAAUUCCGGCUCUUCGGCCAAAAAGCAGAAACGGAAUCAGAAACGGACGAGUGCUGCGUCCAAAACAGAGAAGAACGGUGCAGGACACAGCAGUGACAGCGAAGACCUCUCCGCUAUGGACACCUCCACUAAGCUGUCUCCAGUCAAACACUCCGCCCCACCCAAGGCCCAGAAGCUCCCUCGCCCCCCCGGGGUGGUAUCUCCCAACAGUAAAGACGUGGAGAAGGACAAGCACAAAGACAAGCAGUCCUUCCCUUCCCCACGCACGUACAAGUGGACAUUCCAGCUCACCGAACUGGACAAUAUGACCAGCGCAGAGCGAAUCUCCUUCUUGCAAGAGAAACUGCAGGAAAUCAGAAAGUACUACAUGUCGCUCAAGUCUGAGGUGGCCUCCAUCGACCGCAGACGGAAGAGGUUAAAAAAGAAAGAAAGAGAAGUGUCCCACACCACUGCAUCCACGUCGUCAGGGUCGUCUGACACAGGCAUGAGCCCAUCCUCAGCGUCCCCAACCCAGAACACUGUGGCUGUCGAGUGCAGGUGAUGACACGCCCACGGGCUUCAUCCCCACUCCGCCCUGCCCCACCCUCUGCCUUCUCAGCAUUCUGCCGCCUCCACUGGGACACGCAUACUGAUGAGCCAGAGCAAGCAGCCAAUAGCACUCGACUGCCCGCCCACCCCCCGCCCAGUUCCUCCCUGCCACACCCUGUCCCUGUCAUGCCCCGCCCCAUUCCACCACAUGGCCACUCCCACUUCCUGCACUUUUGUUGAACUGUCCCUGCCUCAUACUCUUGCCACCAGUUGCAGUGCCAGGAAACGGAUUCCAUGAGGUUGAAUGUAAUCAAAAACAACAACAA